AUCUGGGUGAUAUCAUUUUAACAAAGUUAUUAUUUUUGUAUAAGCAUUUUCUUUUUAUCAACUACGGUUUUAUUAAUUUAUAUAAAAAUUAAUCAACUUUAACUUACUUUAGACAAGUUAAUCUGACUCCUAAGAAUGUCUGUAAAUUUACCGCCAGUUCCUCCAUCACUUAAGCAAAUUCAAUCAUAUUUAAAAAUAGCUUCUGAACAUGAUGAAAGAGACGUAGUUGUUAGUUAUUGGGCAAGAUUGUAUGGCCUACAAGUCGGAAUGAAAGCAUCUUCAAAACAACCAGACGAGACAGCUUUACUGUUGGGUUUAAUGGAUUGGCUAGAAGCUACAAAGAAGGAACACAGUGAAAAUGAAGCUAUUACAAAUGAAGUCGUUGCUCAAGCUCAUUUGGAAAAUUAUGCAUUAAAACUAUUUCAGUAUGCUGAUAAACAAGAUAGGGAUAGUAAUUUUGGAAAGAACGUCGUCAAAGCAUUUUAUACAAGUAGUAUUAUUUAUGAUAUUCUUCAAACAUUUGGUGAAUUAAGUGAAGAAGCAAUUCAUAAUAGAAAAUAUGCUAAAUGGAAGGCUGCUUAUAUUCAUACUUGUUUAAAAAAUGGUGAAACACCAAUUCCAGGACCAAUGCAAGAAGAUAAUGAAAGUCCUGAUCAAAAUACGGAAAAUAGUGAUAAUAGUGCAAUAGGAUUUUCAGUUCCACCAUCUAUUGAUGAACCCGUCACUCCAGAUCCAACUUCAUUUGAAAAUCCUCCGCCAUCUGCUGAAGAAGUUUUAAAUGAUCCAACAAAAUUACCAAAUCCUCCAAAAGAAGAAGAAAAAAAUCCUGGUGGUUUUAUACCAUAUAUUCCACCAGAACAACCACAAUCUAAUUAUGUUCCACCACCAGCAAAUGUUGAAUUAACAAUGGAACAAAUGCAAAAAGCACAAAAAUAUUGUAAGCAUGCUGGUAGUGCCUUGAGUUUUGAUGAUGUUCCAGCAGCAAUUGAAAUUUUAAGAAAAACAUUACAUCUUUUAACAACCGGAGAGGAUUUAAAUUAGAAAUCAUUAAGUAUUCUAAUAAAAUUUGUAUUAAAUCAAAAAUUUUGGAAAAAAAAAUAAGUUCUAACUUUAUGUACUGUUAAAAAGUUGUAUGUUCUUAUAAUUUUAAUUUAUAUUUAUGAUUAUUAAAAAAAUAAGCACGCUUAAUAGAUAAAAUUACUUGUUUUGGAUUUUUUUCUGAAAUAUUUUCGUCAUAA